AUGAAGCUUCCAUUGCUUGAAGAACUCGAUGUCUCGUUCAUCACACUGUCCGGAGAUUCUCUCAGAGUUGUAGGCCAGUCUUGUCCUUAUCUGAAGACAUUUAAGCUAAACUGCGUGGGUGACAUUCGUACUGCGAACGAGGGCGACGAUGAUGCUCUAGCUAUCGCUGAAACAAUGCCUGGACUUCACAACCUCCAGCUUUUCGGAAACAAAUUAACAGACGCUGGUUUAAACGCCAUUAUUGAUCAUUGUCUUAACCUGGAACAUCUUGAUUUACGUCAGUGUUUCAACGUUAACAUUGUCGGAGAUCUGGAGAAGCGGUGUUCCGAAAGGGUCAAAGUUUUGAGACGACCUAAUGAUUCUACUCAUGAUUACCCAUAUGAAGAAGUGUUGGUUUUCAAUAUGAUGAGAGCAUCUGAAGAUGGCUUCAUGCCAAAUGUUAGUUAUUAUCGUGACUUCGAAGGUGCCAGUGACCAUUCUGACUACGACCCUUAUGAUGUUUAUGAUGACCCGUGGGAUAUGUACGGCGAUCUGCGUUUCUAGGUGCACUGGUGAAAUGUUUUCAUUAUCUCUUUAAAGUAGUUUCUAAGGUCAUUCGUGUCAUGUGUCUUUUUCUUUAUUUUCUUAAACUCUUUUCUAUCUUAUUUUAUAACACAAGAAUAUGUGAUUGUUUCAUCUACCUAGAAUAUGAGAAGAACUAAAGAUAUGUUUUAUAAGUUAUAACACUGUUUUUCUCAGAAAACAACUAUAAAAAAUCUCAAAGAAACAUUAAUCAUCUCCAAUGUCCAUUAUAUGGUAGCCCGAAAGCAAGAUCCAGCAUAUCAUUAUCCUCAUUUGUUGGUUCUUCAAGUUUGUUAAGCACAAUUUAAGAUACUUUUUCUAUCACAAUAAGUCGAAAACAUUAAGAAACUAACCGAAAAGGGUUUAGCCCUUUUUUCUUUAUAAAAAAAACGAACCGCAAAGGAUUAAAUUCUAA